AUGUCAUUACUUCUCCCGUUAAACCGACAUCCUGUGCAGUUGAACAUAACGCACAGGGAUCCUUCUUACAAAGUGGAUCUCGAAAAUUGCGAUUUAAACGCAGACCAACGUAAUCAAUUACAGCAUCUCUUAGAUUCCUUUCAUGACGUAUUUUCUAAACAUCAAUAUGACAUAGGCAGCUGCACGGCGGGAAAGGAAUCUGCCUUCAUGACGCUGCGUGACGCGUUCAUUCAGAGACCAAUAUUAGGGUUCCCAAGUUAUGAAAAACCUUUCUACAUUUUCACAGAUGCCAGUGCAGUAGCACAGGCAGGCGCAUUGAUGCAAGAGUUUGAAGAAGGUCAAAAACGGUUUUACGCAGUGGCAUACUGCAGUCGUACGCUAAGUGACACUGAACGCAGCUUACCAUUGUCGUUUGCUCUUACACAAGAGCACACCUUUCCGGUGGCCAUGCCGUGUCGCACUUUCAUUCGAGGAAUGGAUCAUUCAGUCGACAUGGCAGCCGAGCAGCAAAAGGACCCUUUCCUAGAAAAGGUUCUUAACUUUAAAAAUGAUCCAUCUUUCGCUGCCUCACUUCCGGAAUCGCAGAGAGCCAGCAUCGCACAGUUUGCCAGCAAAGUGACAAUAGCGGCAAACGGCUGCCUAUACUAUCAGCACCAUGGCCAACCCUCCCAUCCUCUACUAGUCGUCCCGCAAACUCUACAGCCCUUGGUAUUCAGCGCUCACCACUCUAGCGCACUAUCAGGAGGGCAUAUGGGGUGGAGAAAAACAUUGGCCAAAAUUUUACGUAAGUAUUACUGGCCGUCUGUGUAUUCGGACAUCCAUAAAUGGUGCGACGCGUGUAUGACAUGCCAAAUGCGGCGGCAGCCGAAUCCAGCAUACAGGGAGCGUCUCAUUCCAGUAUAUAGCGAAACGGUCUUUGCUAAGAUAUUAUGGAGCAAGCUGCACAAUCGCCGUCCGAAACCAUCGGUGAUCAAUAUUAUGGAACAAGCUGCACAAUCGCCGGCUGAAACCAUCGGUGAUCAAUCAGAUAUGAACGUUACCUCAAUAGAGGGACCUUCACCUAAACCGACUUAUUUUUCUAAUGAUAAUCCUGAGCAAUGCAACACCGAAGCAAUCCUUCCAGUAGAUGAAGAAGUGGAGGCAAUGGACAUCGGAAUGGACGCAUCCACCCCUCCGCUUGAUCAGGUAAAUGUUGAAAUAAAAGAGAAACAAGCGAUUAAGUCUUUUGAUUUGCUCGUUACCUCGACAGAGGAACCAGCACCCAAAUAUUUUAAACCUCGUGACGACAAAAGCUCGUCGAGUGAAACAGAUAAUUCAUCUGAUUAUGACCCCUCGUCAUUUUUGGAUGAACCGUUUGAUACUUCAAACAAUGACAAGAAUUCAUCCACAAGUGAGCCCAUUACCGAAGCGCAAGCUGAGGAAUCGGCCAAUUUAACUUCUCAAAUCACUUCGGCUCCUGCCCUCGGUGAAGACGUGAUUCGCAAGGCAGCGACCGAUGAAGGUGUCGUGGAUACAUUGGCUUCAUUAGUAGCCCUAGCUUCCGUACGCCCUUGCAGUCCUGUCGCAAGCACGUCCCGAGCAGGAUACAAUGGCCUCGUUGAUGGUCUCUGUCCGAUUCAGUGCAGUCCGGACCAUGAACCUGUGGGCUGGGUUUCGAUUCUAGCUGCGGUCGGUCCAAACGCCGUAGAAAACUUUCGAAAGAAUAACGACUGCUCUAAUCUUAUCGAGUUACGAAGAAAGGGUGAGCCGCUGCCCAAGAUGCCGUUGGUGGCAGGCGCAUCACUUGAAGAACAAAAUCUCUCUGUUCGAGGUUUGGUUCUUGACGGUAAGAGCGGUAUCGCGCUGACAAAGCUUAUUAUUGGAGACCUAGUAUGGGUUUACUCUUUAGUUGCUACGGUAAAGUUUGCCACUUCAGACAUGGAAUUGCCUCGAACAGUAACUGAAGCCAUGGCAUACCGUAAGCCAAACGUAUGGAGAGUAGGCCGCUUUGCUCUAGUACACCGUGACCUCAAUCCUACGUUGGGCUUUAUCACAUCUAUUCAGCGUAACCCUUUCAGGAUUUCUUUGUGUAUGCAAGGGCACCGCCAAAUUGUACAAGCCUCACUUUUCCGUCUGGCUGAACCGGGUGAAGCUCCUCGUAUGGACACCGAUACAUUCAUAGUGGCACCAUUUCGCGAACGCCAAAUAGACUAUAUGGUCUUCACAUGUCAGUGGAAGGGUACAGAUAAGGAGUUGGCAUCUUUCAUGGCAGACGUUCCAUACUAUCCGAGUCAAGCUCCCGCACCGUUUGAUAUCCGACUAACGAGCAAGGAACAUCAGGAAUUGGUAAGGAAGAAAUUACACAACUUUGAUUUAUUCCGUGAACGACCCAAUGAUGUCGGUUCCUUCCUGGCAGCUUUGUAUAGCACUGCCUGCGGUACUAUAACAGCAUGCAUUGCUGAGUCUACGGACACAACAGUGCACGCAGCUAUAUGGUCCUCUCCAAAUAUUAACAGUUUCUCCGUCCUCGCUCAAUUUCGCAUUCCCAUGCGCAAAAAAGCCGGUUGGGCCGUGGGGCGUUCAAUCCAGGGUGCGUAUGAACAAGAUUUGAUGCACGCUCAAAUAGUAGACAUAGAAAUGGAAGAGGGCUAUCUUGAUGUCACCAUACGGUUGGACACGAACGAUGGGGUCCGCUGCAGGGCGUAUCUGUUGGCAUCAAAGAACCAACGAAUCGCAGUAGGAACGUUCCUGCACACCGUGGAUGAACGUGCCAACCCCGUUUUAGCGUUAAUGGAACAAUCAUCAGCUAUGGCAAAGUUAACACCAAACACAAUAGGUUGGAAAGCUGCCCGCCUUCUAUUGGCAGGCGACGUACAAGUCAGCGGGUAUGAUUACCCAGACCAAGAUGCCAUCACUGUCACUGUGGCAGGAUCGCAAAUCAAACUGAACGCCAACCAGCGAAAAUAG